UUAGGUAAUUCACACUAAUGCACGUUUUUGACCUUGCUGGAUAUGAAAGGGUAUGUUUGCAAGUAAUCGUACGUCGUACAGGAUCAUGUAGCCGACCCCGGCUUCUGCGUGGAUUCCGUGAACGCUGCACAUCCCAACAUCCACCCUCGUUUGUACGAGAUUCUGGUGCCGCGCCUGUGUGGCCUGAGGAUGACCAAUUGAGUCAGGGUGUUCUAGACAACAAUAUUGCAAUAGGAUUUGCCAUCAGGCACCACAAAUGCCCGGCCCCAUCCGCUCGAUACAUGUUCACCUGCCAGACUCGUACCCAGUCAUCGUUGCGCACUCGUGGACGGGCGCGCGACUCGAAACGACCGCGUCUGGAGGUUGAGUGCAAGUAUGAAUUUAAUUUGCCCUUCAAGUUACUUACCGAGGCUAGUCUUCCUCAGUUGUGUGUCGGCGGAGUUGAACAAACCAUAUUAUGGGGAUCGAAUGGGAUGGGAUGCUGCUUCAUUUAUACCGAGUGCAUGUUAGUGUCUUUCCGUUUGCGGACCAGCGGGGUGCGAAGACCCCGGAUCCGCUCAUAACCACGUUCGUUUUUUGAGCAAAAUCCAUGGGGACUGCAGGAACUCUGAUACCGAAAAAUCUCAAGUCACUUCCCACAACUA